GGAAGGAGAGAAUAUCUCUCACCACCGAACUGCAUGUAAACCUGUGUGUGUGUGUGUGUGUGUGUGUGUGUGUGUGUGUGUGUGUGUGUGUGUGUGAGUGUCCGUAGCAGUUUUAUGAGCUGAUGCAACAGAAUAGACAGAUAGAUAGAUAGACAUAUAUAUAGAUCAGGGCUCUCAAGUUUCACGCAUUGAGCGUGAGACUCACGCAUUUCGGUCUUAAGUCACGCACUCCCGCCACACAUCGUAUUUCUCACGUUGAAAAAAAAACUCGCGGCUAUUUCAUGUUUUAAUGUGCCGCAGCGCGCCAACAUGAGCUGGAGUUCUGCUGUGAGGCGCCACUUAUCAGCCAAUCAGAAAAAGAAAUGGUCUACACAAUAGCCAAUCAGAAAAAAACGUAUCUGUUGUAUCUGGGUAAGAUUUAAUCCAGCAACCAAUGAAAAUAAAGCAUCCUGGAAUUGCGCGCGACUGACUGAUAUCCGAAAAUUUCGUUCUGUGGGGGGGGGGGGGCUGAUGGAAAUGUCACUCUUGCCUGUCUUCAAAACUUGAGAGCCCUGUAUAGAGAUAGAUAUAGAGAUAGACAUAUAGAUAGACAGAGAGAGAGAUGGAUAGAUGGUUUAUUCAGUCUGUUUGUAGCAGCCAGAACAAAGUUAGUCAUCUCUCUCUCUUCCCCUCCCUCCAUUCUUCGUGAACACUCCUCCGCCGUGUCCCGGCAUGUUCCUGCGCUCCUUCACUCAGGCUGUCAAACCGCUUUCCUUCUUCACCUCUUUUCACUGGCGUGAUUUCAGAAAAAAGUUGUCCUUCCUUUUUGGUGCUGUCGAACAAUACUUUGUGUUUCACGUCCCAGGAGAAAAGGACUGAGUAACCAUGACGAUGGAGAUGCACACGCCCCUGCUCCCCCUGGUGCUCCUCUGCUCCGUCCCCCUCAGCGCUCUGUGCCAGGCGAUCCCAACCAACUCCUCCUCCUCCUCCUCCUCCUCCUCCAACGUCACCAUGAAGGGCUGCGGCCGGGGCCUGGACCCCGUGUACCGGUUCCUGUGUGACCGGCGUGCGGCGUGGGGCAUCGUGCUGGAGACGCUGGCCGCCUCCGGCUUCCUGUUCAGCGUGGGGCUGCUGCUCGGCCUGCUGCUCUGGGCCCUCUGGAUCUGCUGCUCCUCCCGGAGCCAGCGCAGCAGCAUCGGCGGCACGGUGGCGUGCAUGUCCAUGUUCCUGCUGGCCACGGCGGGGAUCUUCGCCGUCACCUUCUCCUUCAUCGUGCGCCUCACCCCUCAGACCUGCCCCACCCGCCUCUUCCUCUUCAGCGUGCUCUUCGCCCUGGCCUUCGCCUGCCUGCUGGCGCGCUGCCUGGCGCUGCUGGGCUUCGCGGCGGCCCGCGGCUGGGGGGAGGCGGCCCUGGCCCUGGCGCUCUUCGGCGUGCAGGUGAUCAUCUCCGCCCAGUGGCUGAUGGUGGUGCUGGUGCGGGACGGGAGACCCUGCGAGUACAGCCAGGAGGAGUUCGUCAUGCUGCAGAUCUACGUCCUGUGCCUGCUGGCCGUCGCCUCCGUCCUCUCCGUGCGCUUCCUGUACCGCUGCUGCUUCACCUACAGCUACGGCUUCGCGGGCGGCGCCCGCCAGCAGAGCCGGACGCAGGCCGUCACGCUGUGCCUCACGCUGCUGCUCUCCGCCUGCAUCUGGGUGGUGUGGAUCGCGAUGCUCGUCAGGGGGAACCCCGAGGUGGAGCGCCGGCCGCGGUGGGACGACCCGGUGCUCUGCGUGGCGCUGGUGGCCAACGGCUGGGUGCUGCUGAUGGGCCACGGGCUCGCCCAGAUCGCCGGCUUCUGCAGGGGGGAGGCCAAGUCCAAGGACAUCCCUCUGAGCUUCGCGGGGUGGACCAGCCCGUGCGCGGAGAUCCCCGGACUGACCAGCACCAACGACGGGAAGGACAACGGAAGCUUUGAGAGCGAUAGCGAGAGCAGGAGAGGCCCUGAGCAGCGUCUACGCUCGCCCUACGAGUCGGAAGUCGACACCGACAGAGAUUACACCAUCCCUCGCCCGCAGACCACCAACUACCUGGAACCGUAUGACGAAUAUUGAUUACAAAUGUUGUCACGUCUGCUUCUCUUACACACACACACACAGAUACACACACACACACGUUUUUCAACAUUUCGUUUUUUUGUGCAAAUGUAAAUACUUUCUGUUCAGUGUCGUGUGUUGAUAUUUUGAAUGUACCAAAAAUAAAAUAAAAAGUGACUCAGCAGAAUGAA